GGCUUGGCGGGUUAUUUGAACGCUCCGCGCUCCCCGCACCUGAGCGCGGUUUUCUGUCGGCACCAGCGGCUGGAGAUGUCGGCGAGACGGAGCCGGACCCGCAGCCGCUCCGGGACCGCGGGGGAGCGGUGCGGCGGCGGAGCGAGGCGCUCUGACCCCGCGUCCCCACCCCCUCCUGCUCCCGCACUGCGCAGGUCCCAGCGGAAAUCGGGCUCCGUGCCUGAAACACCUCCCCAGCCUUCCACCCCCGCCCCCAGGACGACCAUCACCCUGAGGAAGAUCUUGCCCCGGACUGCAGAGGUCACCAGCCCCGGAGCCCAGGGGUCCACGGCAGUGAAGGCGGUGCCCCGGAGGCCGCAGACUACCACCUCCCAGGGCCGAAAGUCUUCGGCCAAGAAGGACACGUCCCCGUCUCCAGAGGUUAAGCUUCUGGAGAAGGAAAAUGCUCCCCCUCUACAGGAAAGUGCCCCCCUCAAUAAAGGCGGCUCUCCUCUCACAGGCCCAGCUCUGGAAGUGAUCACCACAGUGCUAGGCCCUCUGACCCCUAAUGCCAUCGCCAGGCCAGAACUCAUGGACGCCAGAGAUCUGGAGAUGUCCAGGAAAGUUCGGCGUUCCUACAGCCGCCUCGAUGACCCAGGUGCAGGCUGUGGCUCCACCUCGACGCCUAACUACCACCGCCGUUCCUUCUUUGGUUUCGAAAGGCUGCUCUCGGGAGAGGAGCUGGAGAACGUCUCCCCUGUGGUGAAGGAGUUGAAAAGCCAAGCAGUCGCCCCCAUGGCUGAGCCCUGGGGGCUGGACUCCACCCUCCCUGGCAUCACCAUGACCAAGGAGAAGCGCCGGAAGAGGAAGGUGCCCGAGAUCUUGAAAUCAGAGCUAGAUGAGUGGGCUGCUGCCAUGAAUGCCCAGUUUGAGGCUGCUGAGAAGUUUGAUCUCCUGGUGGAGUGAGGUGGAUGAACAGAGGAUUUCUGCACUGGACUGCCCCCUCCUGUAUAUAGUGUGUGUUCUUUCUUCACCCCUUUCUAGGAGUCUCAGCCACUAGCAUUGGCUGCCUCCAUCCCCGGUGCAGAUAUGCCCUGUCUCCUGGGGGUGCUGGCACUUGACACUGAGGCCGUCUUGGGUCCCUCCACCUUGAGGACUUUGAUCAUCAGCGGGGGACCUGGCUAGGGGCACCAUUGACCAUGGCCUUGUUACCUCCCACUUUUCUUGGCAUCCCAUCCAGUAGCUGCCAUGCAGAUGGUGCUUGGGCUCAUCCCAUUGUGUCCUAGGUGCCUUGUUUCUCCUUUCCCGGGGCUUAACCAGGAAGAAUAAAGGUAGCACUUGGAAACCAUGGAAGUGUUAGGAAGCAGGCUGUGUGGAAAGAGAGCUGGGGAUGGGGGGAGCAGGGCCCUGUGUCCUCCAGCUGGCACCUCCUGCAGUGUCUCCCUCUUCUCAACCUUCCUCUCUAGUUUGUCUCCACCAGGUUUCCUGGGCGUGGGGAAGGCCUUGCCAUUGCUUGUGGCAGGUAGGAACAGGUCCCACAGCUGAGCCUUUCUCCCUCCCAGCUUGUAUCUAUCUUGGCAUUUAUUCUGAGAGUCUGGGAGAUUGCCUUCAGCCUGAGCCUUCUCCCCCAGGGUGCCCAGGCUGCUCAGGCUACUGAGGUCUGCAGUCACGCCCUUUGUGGGGGUAUGGCUUUGUGCCCCUCCACAGGCCCAGGCCCUGCUGAUUCUUUCUGGAGAGGCAGUUGUAAACUGAUGGGACGGUGAGUUGGGUCAAGGUGGAUCACCCCUCUUAGAUGACUCCCAGAAGACAGUUUGAAGAGGAGGAACGCUGGCUUGGUACUGGAUAGUCAGCUCUUUCCAGGCUACAGCCGUACGCUCCAGAAGCACAAGGGAGACUGCUCAGCUUCCUGGCCUGUGGUCUGCCAGGUGCCCAAGGGAGGGUCGGGGGCUGGAGUUCUCCAGCCACCCCCCAGGCUGCACUGCCUGAUGACCUUACUGUAGGCCCAGCUGAGGGGUGAAACUCAAGUAGAAACAGAUACAAAUGAACGUUGUUGAUGUUAUAUUUUGUUAACUUUCUCAAUUAUAUUUUAAUAUUUACACACACACACACACACACACAGUUUUGUGACCCAAAGUAUGACCUCUCUGGCCAAAAUUCAGCUUCAGAUCAAGAGCAGGCAGCUCCAAGGUUGGGUUAGGGGACAAGGCUGGAUGGCAGUGAUGCCUGCCAGGGACAAGGAUGGCUGGAGACACCAAGGCCCCCUUUCUAGCCAGCCCAUAGGCUCAGCUCAUCACAUUUUCUUCUGUGUCUCCGGCUGUGUGAGGCUUGGUCUUUAUGAAAGCUGUGCCUGGGCUACAAACCGCAGUUGAGCUGCAGCUGCUGCCACCUUCCAGACCCUCUCCAGCAAGGCCAACACACCUACCUGUUUACGUGGGGGCCAAUAAGAAGGCUGGCCCCAGUGUGCUGGGGAGUUGCAUCACAGGCUUGUAGAUGGAACCGUCUUGAGCACGGAGAUGCAGACCAUGAGUGCCCAGGCUAGAGGCAGCAAGCAAGCAUCUUUUAGAGACUGCUAUCCCUAAGAAGCACUCUCCCUCUUCCCCAGCAGGGGCCUGCUGUUUUAACUGUUGGGAGAAGGUGGAGGUUUUGUUUUAAAAGCUGAUUAAACCACUUCUAUCUCU